AGCCGACGAUGCGAAAUGUCAACCUCUGUGUACUUCCGCUUUCGUCCUUCUUCUUCUUCUUUGGUGUUUAAUGGCAGCUGGUAUCCGGAAGUUAAUUCAAAUGAUUCGCGGAGCGCGAAAACGUUUGUUGUUGCUGGCCGUUCAGUCGUCAUGUGUGAAAAAAUUAAGAAGGUGAACAGCUGGCUCGGCGCGGUGUUUGGUGAGCAGGCGGUGCCGCAGUUUGAAGUUAACACACGGACAGUGGACAUCCUGCACUGGCUCGCAGAGUCCAGCGAAGCCCGCUGCAGCGACACAGCUCUCCUCAUAGAGGACCUCACACAGAAAGCUGCAGAGUAUCAGGCUGAAGGUGCUCAUCUCCAGGAUGUUCUUCUACAAAGUGUUGGCCUGUCCUUUGCCAGUUUGUCAAAGCCAGCUGCUGACUACUUCUCUGCUUUAGUUGAGAAUGCUAUGGUGCUUGGAGUGAGAGACACGUCAUUGGGCAGCUUUAUGCCAGCAGUUAACAACCUUACUAAUGAACUUUUGGAAGCAGAGAAAUCAAACAGAAGACUUGAGAGAGAACUCCGGGCCCUCAGAAAGAGACUUGGGGCGACUCUUGUGCUGCGGGGAAGUUUACAAGAGGAUAUCAACAAAACUGUCAAAACUCAGGCAGUGGAGAGCGCUAAAGCUGAAGAGAGGCUGCUCAACAUGGAUUUUGUGACGGCAAAGGCUAACGAGCUCAGUAACAGACGGGAGCGGUCAGAGGCUCAGCUUGUCUCCAGGAACAUGGACAAGUCUAUCACCCACCAGGCUCUUGUGCAGCUCUCUGAGGAAGUCACGGCGCUGAAAAAAGAAAUAAUCCCCUUGAAAAAGAAACUGGAGCCUUACAUGGACCUGAGCCCAAGCCCAUCUUUGGCUCAAGUGAAAAUAGAAGAGGCAAAAAGAGAACUGGCUACACUUGAUUCCCAGCUCGAGAUGAAGGUGGAUUUUAAAUGAAGAUUUGUCUAAUGUUACGGUCGUGUUUUAAGCUGUCUGUGAAAAAUAAUAAAAGUAGUCACUUUAA